AAAAAAAAGAUAUCAGUAACAGAUGUGGCUUGUUAUUGGCGCAAAGCCCCAGUAAAAAAUAUGCUUCAAUCUGAAAUUCGCGCCAUUGACUUCCAGAAGCAACCGCCAUCAAACCCAUUGCCAAAUUGUCGUCCCAACAUCGACGACAAAAAGGCUCUAGAAAUGCUAAAAAGUAUUAAUAGCGCAUACCUACCUGCAGCGGCCACUUGCUAUGAUGAAUUCGUCCUGGACAAUUCUGAAACAACUUUUUUUUUAGUCCAGUUUUACUUUGCGAAUUUGUUUAGAGUAGAGUAUAGACAAUAUUCAAAAGAAAGUCUGUUGGAGUUAGGGAAAAAUUUAAAUUUUUCAAUUUUACCUCAAUCUGCAGAUAGAAUUGAGAAGCUGACCAGGCUACAAAGCCAAUCUCCCGAUAAUAUUUGGCAAAAACUUCGAAUCGGGAGAGUGACUGCGUCAGUGUUCAAGGAAGUGUGUAGAACAAAUAAAAAUAUUCCUGCCAUGAGUCUGUUGUCGAAGAUCUGCGAAUCGAAAACUUUUUCGACAGCCGCAACAGCUUAUGGCAAACGCACAGAAAAGCAGGCAGUUAAGUAUGUAGAAGCUUUUCUUAGGAAAACGCAUUUAAAUUAA